UCAAUAUUAAUCGACGAUCACUCCACUCCAAUAUACCACCACUAUUCAUUUAAGCACGUGAUAUGGUCAUUAUUACUACUUAUAAUAUAGUUAAAAUGUUUCAAAUUUAAAAGUUCGAAAAAUAUGUUAUCGAAAAUAUUAGGCGUGGUAUAAUUUUUCUUCCUCGAAUCCUCUGACACUACCGAUCACGCCAUGGUAGUCCAGAAGAAAGAAAACGUGUUCAACACACUCAACGAAUGUGAAGUGGAAGAUAUUACUUUAGAGUUUUUCUACAAGCCCCAUACCAUUACUUUAUUGAUACUGUCCAUCGCUGGUGUAAUUUUUAUGUCUUUCAUCCGAGAUGAUAAAUCCAUCGAUAACAAUAUAUGUGCAGGAAUCUGGUGCGUUAUAUUUUUUUUGCUUCUCGUAUCCCUACUGGCAUUCCCCAAUGGCCCUUUUAUAAGGCCACAUCCUGCAGUGUGGCGAAUGGUAUUUGGUCUAAGUGUUCUAUAUUCAUUAACACUGUUAUUUUUAUUAUUUCAAAAAUAUGAAACAAUCAAAGGAAUGAUAACAUGGCUCGAUCCAAAUUUAAAAGAUUUUCGAAUUGAUAUGGAUAAGGAAUAUGGCGUUAACUGUUCGGAUAUCAGUAUUGAAAAGUUUUGGGCACACUUAGAUGUGUUCGCUGCUGGUCAUUUUUUUGGUUGGGUAUCUAAAGCCAUCCUAGUAAGGCAUUAUGGAAUAUUAUGGUCAAUGAGCAUGAUGUGGGAAUUUACUGAAGUCAUGUUUUCUCAUUUAUUACCCAACUUCAAAGAAUGUUGGUGGGAUGCAUGGAUUCUAGAUGUUCUACUGUGCAAUGGAUUUGGUAUAUGGGUUGGAAUGAAAAUUUGCAAAAUGUUAGAAAUGAGAGAUUAUAACUGGCCUGGCAUCAAAGAUAUAGAUACAACCAAAGGUAAAAUCAAGCGAGCUGCGCUUCAGUUUACACCAGUAAGUUGGACACCAGUUCGGUGGUUAGACCCAAAUUCAUCAUAUAUGCGUUUUUUUUCUGUAUGCCAAAUGGUGAUCAUGUGGCAAGUAUCUGAAUUAAAUACAUUCUUUUUGAAACACAUAUUUGAAAUGCCACCAUCACAUCCAAUAGUUGUUGGCAGGCUAUUCAUUUUGAGUAUUGUAGUUGCGCCAUCUACUCGACAAUAUUACACCUAUGUGACAGAUCCAAAUUGUAAAAGACUUGGCACGCAGUGUUGGGUUUAUGCAGUCAUAAUGGUCACUGAGUCAUUACUAUGUAUAAAGAAUGGAAAAGAGCUAUUUCAACAAACUGAAAUUAUUAAUAUAUCAGUAUGGUUAAUGAUCAUGUUAUUCUUCUCCGUUGUCAGUGUUUUGGGUUUCUGGCAGGCAGAUUGGUUGACAGGAAAAAAAAUAGAUUCUGCUGUGGUGCAAAAUACUACCUUAAAAGAUAACAAUCUUGGAGAAGACUACACAAGCAAUAAAAGCAAAACAAAUUAAAAUAUGUCAACAUUAUUUUCCUGAGUAGUGUUAACUAGUGGAUGCCAAAUAUUGCACAAAUACCUAUCUAGUUAGAUUAAAUUAAUUAUUUAGGUAUUGAUUUUUUUUUUUAAUUGAGACGUGUGUUUUUUUUUCUGAAUUUCUUUACUAUCAGAUCUUGUAUUGUUAUUAGUUAUUGUAAUAACAUUAUGACAAAAGACUUAUUUAAGCCUAGUCACCUUAUGUGUAUUCGUUAUGAUUUAAAAUAUAAUAACAUAUUACUUAAGAUUAUUGGAAUACCUUAUGGUUCUUUAUUGUGAUAAAAAUAUCAAGUACUGAAAUAUGUAGUAUCUUGUGUUAAAUGCUUUAAUAAGUGACUGGUAUAGGUAGGUAGUUUUAAUAUAAUUUUAAUAUAAGCUUUCAUUAAAAUCAAACAA